AUGCAGAUGAGGUGGCCAACUCAGUGCCUGAAAAACACCACACCCAAUGAAGCCCUAAAACGACUGGAAAGGACCGCGUCCCUCCCGCUACCCCAAGGGAGGCGCCGACGCAGAGGGGCGGGGGAGGAGGGAGUGGGAUGCUGGGCGAGCUGGUGGCUGGGGCAACGGGGGGGGCUCGUCCUCAUCGAGGACACCAUUGAGUGCGAGGGCCGCAGCCUGCUCAAGACCUUUGUGGCAGCUUCAGCGCACAGGGGGGAAUCCGUCCACGUUUUCGGCUUCGAAAUCCCCGAGGAAGAGUUCCGGGCCGGCUUUGACCCCGAUGUGACUGUGCGGUUGCUAUACCAGGAUGGCUUCACAGAUCCCCUGCGCUGGACCGGGGAGGCCGGGGGCUUCUGCGGGGAGGAGUUCACAGCGCUGGGAGUCUCGGGGCAACUGGCCAGGGGACCCGCGGGACCUGCCACCGUCGUCCUGGACUCGCUCAGCUGGCUUCUGCUGCGCCAGCCUCUGCCCGCCGUCUGCCAGGCGCUGGGACGGAUCCCAAUGGCGGCUGCCAGCGCAGGCCUGCGUGUGACGAGGAUCCUGGCCUUGCUGCAUGGCGACCUGCACCCGCCGGGCCUGGUGGAGACCCUCCGCUCCCUGGCCCGAGCCGUGGUGGGGGUGGGACCGGCCCCUGAGGGCGUGGGGAGUGGGGGGGACACCCCCCGGCUGGCCUCCAUGCUCCAGCGUAAGGAGACCGGGAAGGUCCUCGAGAAGGAGGAAUAUUUCACCAUCCUGGCUGGCUUCACCCCAAAAGCCCUCGGGGAGCCCACGGGGAGCGUGCCCCGAGAUGAAGACACCGACCCCCACUCCAUGGCGGAUCCCGCCGCCAACCUGACCUUCAACCUGCGGCUGUCGGACACGGAACGCCGGGCCCGGGACGGGGUGCCGCUGCCCUUCCACUUCAGCGCCCAAAAGAAGUCGUCACUGCUGGAGGCCUCGGCCAGCGCCGGGAAGAUCUACUACGAACCAGACGCCGCAGACGACCUGGACGAAGAGGAUCCGGACGACGACCUGGACGUGUGAAAGCCGAGGGGUGUGUGUGUGGGGGGCUCCCCCCUCCCCCAAAUGGACCCCUGGAUCUCUGCUUCCCGGCGGGACCUUCCGAGAGAUCUGUGAGAGCCCAACUCCGGCACCACCAUGUGGGGAGCUACUCAGGAGCGCAGCUGCGUGCCCCCGCUCAGGGCUGUGUCUGGGGCCGGGAAUGGGGCCAGUGGGCUUUUGACUGGGGUUGGUAUCUGUCUGGCGAGAAAAGGGGGGCUGGGCCUUGUCCCCCUGCACCCAUGCCAGCCCCCCCCACCGUCCCUACCACCCCCCCCGCCAUGGCAUGGGAAUAGACUUCCAUAAAGGAAGGGUGGAUGGGAACCAGCGCCCCCGAAAGGGAGAAAGACCCUAUGCCCCAGUCCCCGCCCCCCUGCGUCAGCCAGUCCCUGCCCUGGGGCUGGAUGGGAGCUGGGGCCCCCUAGAGGGGACAGGCCCCAUGCCCCAUUCCCUGAGCCACCUAGUCCCCGCCCUAGGGCCGGAUCGGAACUGCCCCCUCAAUUUGCAGCGGUAGGACUCAUCCCUCUUCAGUCCAGAGAGGCCCCCAUGCCCUUAAAACUAGCUGCUUCCCCUUUUUGGUAGGACCUACAAAAAAAAAAAACGCCAACACCUCCCGCUGCUGCCACCUCUACCUGACCCCAGCGUUGUCCCCUUGUGCUAUAAACCAUGUACUUGUUCAGCAGUGAAA